CUUUGAAGUGCAAACUGCAGAAAUGUUUCGUCUUCUUCUGCACUGCUAUUAAUUACCUUGGGCAUGUUGUCACAAAAGAUGGUGUAAGUCCACUACCCCGUAUUGACGACGAGCUACACUGCCUCCAAGGCGCCGAAUUCUUCUCCUCUUUAGACUUACGAUCCGGGUACCACCAAGUGCCAGUGGCUGAGUCAGACCGUCCAAAAACGGCCUUCAUCACACCUGACGGUUUAUUUGAAUUCACCGUGAUGCCAUUUGGCCUGUGUAACGCGCCUGCCACAUUUGAACUUUAAACCACAUUUGACUUUAAACCAGUUAAAUCCCGUAAUUUAAUUCGCCGAAGCUAAAUCUCAUUUCCGCUUCCUUGCCUUGUCCACGCGUUUAGGUAGGCGAGGAACGCCCGUCCGAAGAAGCGCCCGUCCUUGUCUGUUUUUUUGUAUUUGUUUCUGUCCGCCACAUUGCGCUAAGUUACCAUAUGUCAAAAUGCAAGACCAACUAGCUCAAAAGUCAGUCCUCCUUCAGGCCGUCUACUGUGAGACUAGUCAGACGUCGUACACUCUUAAAAAAGUUUACACCUUUUUGGGUUUAUCUGAUCCCACAACGUUAAUCGUCAUCUGCUUUGCUUGCGUUUACUUUCUUGAAAACUCUGCGCUCGCUACUUUCCUGUCGAGAAUGCAAAGUAGCUGUCGAGCGCUGCGUGUGAUGCCGUCGUCACCAGCAGCGACGGUUCGUGCCUUGAGUGCCUGUCGUACGAAGCGGCACAUGGUAACGCUUUAUCAGAUCGAGGCGGAAAAGCGGACGCCGUACGAGAGGAUGAAGCAGGCCGUCGACAUCCGUUUGCUAUUCCCACCUUGUUCUUGGAAGGAGCGCAUGUGAUCUACCGCGGGCGGGUGGUUUACAGUGCUCUCAGCGUGCUUAGUGUAUAUACGGCUCUACGGUCAACCUGUUGUUUACAUCUGCGUCGGUUUGUGUGUCGAGUGGGGCACUUUUAUUCCAGCCAUGCAUGGAAGAGAAGAUGCAUGAACGUGCGAAGCGCUUCGUCGGCUUCAAAGCGUGCCGACAUCCUCACCCCAGCUGCCAGGAUAUUGGCGCCAGACCGGUCUGAUGUUCCAUGUCGCCUUCACCCGCAAGCCGACGCAAGUGCGAUGGGAAGAGAGAGAGAGAGAGAGAGAGAGAGAGAGAGAGAAGUGACUUUAUUUGCACCCGUCAAAUAGAUGACGGGGUAGAAGCUUCAGCCUAGAGACAUGGAGGCCGCACUGAUCGCUUUCAUCGUGAUUGGCGUGGCGAUGGUUAUGCUCAGCCUCCGCUGCUGCUGGGUCAUCAUGAAGAUCUGGACCGUGCCGCCAUCCAGCGUAGCCCAGGAACGGGAUCCUUCAGAGGAUCGGGACGAUCGUCAGGUCCAGUUCGCAGAAUGGACAAACGCAGUGACGUGAACGUGUCGCCGAUGAAAUGCAGCCUGCGUUUCGUGAAAUUAGGGACGCAAAGAGAGAGAAAGAGAGAGAGGGGGAGAAGCGCCGCCAUUCUUGUGCUAUUUUUGGGAGAUCUAGAGCCUAUCGCAAAAACACUAAAGGUUAGCCGGACGUUACUUUUUGGGAGGUGCUAUUCUGAGUCGUUGUAGCUCUUCAGCGAAGCUCUGUCAAAUAUUUCUUUUCUCAUCCUCAAUUUAUUUCUUGUAUGUAGGAACCCGCCGCGUAGCCCAUGAGUGGCUAUGGCAUAGGCGCUGCUGAGCGCGAGGUCGUAGGUUCGAUCCCGGCUGCGCUGGCCGCAGCGGAAUGCAAGAUGUCGUUACUAAUUACCAUGCAUAGAUGAUGCGCGAGUGCGAUAAUCUGUAUGACUGACCGUUCAAGUGACGAUACAUAUACGGUUCGAACAGAUAGCUCGCUUCCGGUAGGUGCUCUCCCUUAUAGUUGUCCCAUUCAGCGAGUUGCAAAGCUGAUAAGGGUAUACAGAUGCAGUGAUAGCGGCGGUUCGAGCUAGAUUUCCGAGGUUGCCGCAAUCAGUGCCUCUUUCCGAGCCCGGAAAGUUUUCUGGAACGGUGUUGUGUCCGAGCACGCUCGCCGUGUAUUGUGCGCACUCCACCGUGAUGCUAUCCAUAUAAAGCACUUGCCCAGGGCGCGACACACAACACAAGGCAGGCACAGCUUUCACUGCUUCGCUGGUUAAUCUGGCUCACCUCAACUUCUGUGUUUGCCUUAGGCAACGUAUAUUACACCUCUAUGACUCGACACGCCACCCAGAGAAAGUAAAAAUGAUUUCCACAUCACCCGUGAGCUUACGCGCAUGACGACCAGCAAUAUGAAACAAGAAACUAUAUAAAAAAGUAAACCAGUGAAGGCGAUUCAUUGUGAAAUUGUUCUGGAUUCCAAAAAAAGAAAAAAAAAAUACCGCGGAGCUGUGUACACAUACCAGGAAGACAAAAGGGACAGCCUAUCUGCCGAUAAGUGAGCAGCUGACCAUCGCAACUGCCCAGGUACAGCCCUGCCUCUAUACUGAAGACAACAAGGCAUACACGGGCGUCAGCUCCGCGACGCUUUGGCCACCUCCGCGAUAAGAUUACGUGUCGUGGAGGGACGCCGCGUGCCCACCCAAAGGGCCUGACGCUCUGCCGCGCGCCUUCAGAUAAGGCUGCGCGUUUAUGUCGCCCUCCUUCGCGCACUUGCUCGCGCGUUCGGGGACGCCCGCGGAGACCCCUGUCUUCCGAUGCUGUCGCGAGCACCUUAUCCAGCCCGCAAUCCAGCGCAUAAGCCGAUGACAACCAACCGCCCUGCAAGACAGCCGUAGCGGACAAGUCUCGAAGGAGCAACUCCCGUCCUGGUGCUCUACAGUUCCUCGAUGCGCAUCGGUAUCGUUGCAGCGGAGUAAAGAAGACACGGCUGCCCGCAGCGACUCAAGACGUCGUAAACAUCAUUGCUUUGAAGGCAGCCGCAACAAGGCCCGGAGACUGCGGGUUACGCCGCAAGCACUCCAGCGACGACGUAGCGUCUGGGUACGGCGGACCUCGUCAAGCCCCGAGCGAAAGUGUGUUAAGUUGGCCUGUGCGCUAUCGGACCACGCACGGCCGUCUGUAAACAGAGAGGGUUUCGUUGCAGAACCGCAUCCAGCAGCACGCAUCGAAGCAGCAGGAGCAGGCGUAAUGCGGCUAGCUGCGCGGUCAUGCACUUGCUCCUUCUACUGGCCAUCGUCCUCGUCGUCCUAGUCGUGCUGAGCGUGACAGUCUGCCUCUGCUACGGCCUCAACUCGGCUUCCUGCAUGACGGCUUUCAAGCUCAACUCGGCCGCGCACAGCGUGGCCGGGCUGUACAACGGCUACGCCGACCCCUCGUCGCCAAGCGACGGCGCAUGCAACGGCAGCAGCAGUUCCGCGGUCGUCGCGCCCCUGGAGAGGCGCAACUAUGGGCCGCCCGAGCAGAUCUCUUCUUACUCGAGCGUCAUCGAGCUGUACGACAGCACGUGGCAGGUCAAGGAACCGCCACCGCCUCGGCAUUGCCGCCUGGCGUCAGCCGCUUGUCGCGCCACGUUGGACGGGCCGCCGGACGCGAAGCAACCACAGCGGUGGUACGUCGGAGACGUCCGCGAGGGCGACGUGGUGCACGGACAAGUGACGCUGGAGAAAAUCGACUUAGGGUGCAGCAGUGCGUCGCUCCUGUUCCCGGAUGCUUGCGACAAGAACGGCGCCCUGCCCUGCUCGAGGUUCGCGGGUGUCGCCGCGGUGUCACUGCCCAGUGUCCUGAAGGGCGGCAGCUGGAACCGCAGGGAGUCGUGCUCCCCUCUCACGGACAUAGACGGUGCUGAGCGAUUCCGCUUGGAAGUGAGAUCGUGCAGCCUUCUGGAAGAAGGCCCUCGCGGCGGCCAGGUGUCACCGGUUGGCUCAUGAACGAGUGAAGUUCUGGUAUUUUUUUUUUCAUUUUUUUUUCAUUCAGAAUCUCGUUCGCGCGACGUUUUCGAUGACGUGUUUGCCGUUCGCCGCACACGCGUCCAGGAUGAUAUGACUGAUGUGACCAGGUUGUGAAUUUCGAUUAAAGCGCUGCGACUGCUAUUUUUGACUCUGAUAGCGUGCUUUUUCACGACUGCGUUGUGCCGCCGAACUGAUAAGACACAAGUGUGUUUGUGUAUGUGAGAGAACAUUGUGAGUGACUUCAUUGGUGUUAUUUUGAAGCAAAGAGGUUUUUGGAUGGAUGUUGCCAGUGUGAAGGGAAUGUCCAGGUUGACUUCUAAAUAUA